UCCUACAUGUCCCAGAACCCCGUGCGUCGGCGAGGACGUCAUAUUCCGUCGCCCGUUUUGAACUCCUUCCCUCCUUCGCGUCGUUCGUGAUUGUUGUGCUUUAACUCCGGGCUUUGAGCGGCAGUUUUGGAGGAACCGGACGAUGGGCCCCGUUGAGCUCCUCCACAUGUCCGUCUUCUCUCAGAGUUUUUCUCCCUGCGGUCGAUUUCUGGCAGCUGGGAACAACUAUGGAGAGAUCGCGAUCUUCAGCCUGUCUGCAGCUCUGAGUCCAGACGCCACCAGCCUGAGUCACAAACCUGUCCUCACGUUCACAGCUCACGAAGGCCCCGUUUUCUCUCUCCUGUCCACCGACUGUCACCUCCUGAGUGCGGGAAAUGGGGAGAUCAGCGCCUGGAGCUGGACCGAACUCAUCAAGAAGAAUGUCAAACCUGUGUGGACAAAGAGACCCAACUACAAAUCCAGUCUGGAGAUCCCUGAGAUCAACGCGAUGAUCAUCAACCCCAGAGACAACAGUCUUGUAGUUGGUGGAGGAGACAACAACAUCCACAUCCUGGACCUGGAACGCGGGGUCUUCAAGUCGGUCCUUCAGGGUCACUCAGACUACGUCCACUGUGUGAGUGUGAGAGACAGGGAGGCCGAGAUCCUGUCAGGGGGGGAGGACGGAGCCGUGAGGAUCUGGGACAGCAGGACGGGCCAGUCGGUUCACUGCAUCGAGAUCUACAAGUACGAGAGCUGUGCUCGGCCUCAGUACGGAAAGUGGAUCAGCUGCGUGACCACCGACUCCGACUGGAUGCUGUGUGGAGGAGGUCCGUCUUUGUCUCUGUGGCAUCUCCGCUCUCUGUCUCCGACCUCCGUCUUCCCUCUGACAGGCUGCCAGAGACAAGUUACCUUCCACCAGGACAUGAUCCUGGCUGUGGGUGAGGGUCCGUUUGUGUCUCACUGUCUGCUGGGUGGAGAAGUCAAAGCUCAGAUUCCCUGCACACCACAGAGCCUCAACACGCUGCAGCUCAACACCAACAGCACGGAGCACAGGGUGCUGACAGCAGGGGGCAGCAGCGAUCACAUCGACGUGUUCACCAACCUGUCGUACAGAGCCUUUUCACUCAGCUUCUGACAGUCUUCACCUCACUGCUUUUCUACCAUUUAGUGUGAAAAUAAAAUAUUUGAAUCUGAUUGUA